UUCAAGUGUCUCAAAUUGAAAAUUGAAACAAGUGGAAAUAUUGACCCAAUUGCCCUGCCCACAGGUUUUACAGAGGAGACACAGCUGGACACUGCACUUUUAUGUACAUAUUUAUUUAUUUUCUGAUGGAAACUGAAAUGCCACAGGCUGCUGUCAGAGCUCAGUGUCCUGUUUGAUUUCAUCCCGUUUUUUAGGGGAGUCAGAUGGCUUUUAAUGUUGGUGGGGGUGUUUUGUUCCUGUAAGCCAUGUGUGUUGAAGAGGUGUUUUAAUAAGGAAGUUGACUACUUUUUCCCCCUCCCCCUCCCUUCAGUGAAGAGAAAGUGAAAAUCUUGUGCUACUAGUUUUUGAAGUGUUGCGUGUGUAGACCUGGAAACCUGAUAUCCCUUGUAAAUAUUAGUGGGGUUAUGGUGGUUUACUGUACUGUGAAUUACAAAUGUUAACUUUUUGUUUUCAUUUUCAUUUGAUAAAGUUUUACCCCUUUAAAAGCACCUUAUUGAUUAGAUUAUCUUUUUUGAUUUUCUUGAUCACAGGUGGCAGUUGGGGGGAGGGAACAUAAGUGCCCUGAUCAUGUAACCUGAGUACUGUUUUUUUGUUUUCUGACAAAGGUCUCUUUAGUCUGUGCUUAUUUUGAUGCAGCGUCCGCAUUUAGUUGGUAACCAUGCUAUUUUCGGUGGCUCAGUGGUCUGUUAAAAGUGUGGUUGUUCCGCCCAGCAGGAGUCUUGCUUCAGACUGGCCUAAAAUGGGCAGAAAUGGUGCUGAACAAAAGCUGCUUGUCGCUCGUACAAAAGUACUUGAAGCGUUGCAGCCGGGACCAAGCUGCAUUGCUAUUGCCUGUGCCUCUCAACAGGAAAGACAGUCAUCAUGUUCCCGAAGGGCACCAAGCGCAAGUUUUCAGACCCCGGAGAGGAGCCGGUUUCUAGCGGUGACCAGAGCCCAGCAUCUUCAUCUGCAGCAGCCCGGACGCUGUCGUCCUCUUACAGCUUGCAGCGGCAGUCGCUGCUUGACAUGUCACUGAUCAAGCUGCAGCUCUGCCACAUGUUGGUGGAGCCCAACCUGUGCCGAUCGGUGCUCAUAGCCAACACAGUGCGACAGAUCCAGGAGGAGAUGACCCAGGAUGGUACCUGGCAGAUAAUGACCCAGGCCCUGGCGGCUGCUCAGUGCCCCGCUGACCGCCUGGUGGCCACUGAAGUGCUGUGCAGGCAGACUGACGCGGCAGCUCAGGCUGCGCAGAGCCCAAAGCCCUUCUCUGUGGUCGGUUUAGAGGAAGGCUACCACUCUGAGGAAGUAGUAAUGGAGGGAGAUGUGGAGGCAGAGGUCACGAUGUCCACUUUGUCACCUCUCCCCCCUCAGCUGUCCUCAACCUCUUACCUGGCAGGUCCCUUUGGCAUGACGCCCUGCUGGGAGGAGGAAGAAGACGAUGGCGGCUGUGAAGAGGACGAAGAGGAGGACAGCGAGGAGUGCGUGUCAGAAGGAGAGGAAGGAGACCGGGACGACCUUAGCGCAGAUUCCAGGACAGGGGAGCAGGUUUUUGGGACUUUUGAGAUCAAGCAUCCAGCACCACCUCCUGACCCUGCACUCGAGGAACUGUUUUCAGAUGUGGACCCGUCCUACUAUGACCUUGAUACAGUGCUAACAGGCAUGCAGAGCACCCCAAAAAUAGGGCCUUACGAUCUGCUGGAGAGCCUGUCCUCUCACGGGCCCACCGCCCUGAGCUCUAGCUCGAGUUGCAGGUCAGACCUGAAUGAACUGGACCACAUCAUGGAGAUCAUUGUGGGAUCCUGAAACAUGGAACAUUUCUUUGGCCUGUACUGAUCCCACAUACUCCUCCAGACUAUGCACAGCACACGUGCAUGUUCGGUUUGUGGUAUUGUUACAGAUUGUUGAAGGAUUUUAGGGCAAGGUGGGAAACUAACAAACUUCAUAGAUUUUUUUCUUUUUCUUUAAAAAAUAAAUGAUAAAUUGGCUGUUACAGAUAUACGUGGUCUCCUUAUAGACUCUUGGGCAAAUAAGCUGCAAUUGGAAUUUGGAAAUCUGAAAAAUUUGGGCUUUCACACGGCUUCCAGGCCCUGUGAGCACAGCAGUUAUUUUCCCACUUUGAUGAAUUUCUAGAGUUGAUAUUUGCAAGAAGGCAAAGAUAAUUACCUAUACCAUGAUGCAUUCUUAUUUACAUAUUUUCCAUGUUUAUGUCUGCCAUACAUUGUCAUACUCGCACCGUCUGGUCGUAUUAUCCGCCUUUAUGUCCUGUUUUAUUUAUUACAUGGACCAAGGAACAAUACACCACACUACAUGCAUCAGAAAACAGAACAAAUUGUAAAUCCAGAUUUAUGAAUCAAUGCAUAUUUUCCUAGAGAUUUGAGCAAUUAUGAAUGGAAUAUAUGUAUAUGUACGUAUGUGUAUAUAGAAAUAUAUUUUUUGCAUUAUACAGCUAGGGGAUUUUGCAAGCAUCAUUUGGUGUUAUUAUUAUUAUUAUUUUUUUCCUCCCAAGCUGUUUUUAAGAUUUUAAUGUAGCCAGACGAGACAGUGUCUUCCCAUGGUUUGGUAUUCUAAGUCGACUGUAACGUGUGCCAGGACCGGCACCGUCACGCUUCACAGACGCUGUUCUCUCAUUUUCUGAAAAGCUUUAUGCAGAGCAGGGAAAUUACUUCUGGCCACCAACCAAAAUGUGGGUCAGGACUUGUUAAGUGGUUACACUAAUUUUACAGUACCUACUUGAUAAAUGAAGUAAUUUUUACUGCUUUGAUUUCCAUACAGAUCCAAUAACAAUAAGAAGCAGCUUUUUCCUGAACCAGGAAAAACUCCGGGCUGAUAACUGCAUCAAGAAGCCAUAUUUCUUCCUCCCAUUUGUUUUUACAAAUGAAGAGUUCUGUGUAUUAACCCAUCUAAUUUAUUGUUUUAUUUAUUGUAUUUAUUUUAUCUAGGUACAGACAUGCCAUAUUGACUUAUCAAUUCAACCAUGAGGCCCGGUGAAAUUAUAUUUAUCCUAAUUUUGCCUUCCAUUUUCAAUGCAGUACCUAUUUAUUGCUUCUUUUUUUUUAAAUUCUCAUUAUAAGGAAUAAUAUUAAUGACCGGGUUAAUAUUCAAAUUACUAUGCAGCUCUGUCAUACAUGUUUCCAAAUGACUGUAGACAACUCAAAUGUCCUUAAAAUCCUUUAUGCAAACGGUUGCCUUUCUUCUAAAUAUGUGGAAAAUCAAAUGCAUUUUUAUCAAAAUUGUUCCGUACAAGAGAGAUUUGACUCAGGCAAAACAAAUGUAUUGACUAAGAUACAGUAUUACCACGCGCUGAAUACCUUACCACAACACUCCUGAAGGAUGUCACUCUAGUCUGAAUGGGAGCUAGAAUUUCAAAGACUAAUUAUCAUUGUAAAAUAUAUGCAUUUUUUUAUAUUAAAACAUUGUAGCAUCUUUGUAAAUAUUUUUUAUAAUAAAAGGUGCAACUAUU